AAUUUAGCUUGGUCACGAGGAAUGCCCCAAAAAAAGAGGAAAGAAAGACGAUUGAUUCAUCUGAUUAUUCCCUUCGCUCUUCUUCUGCACACAACAAACAAUGUCGUGAAAAAAAACAAAGCUCGAUCCUUUCUUCUAAGGUUCACACUAAUAGAGAUCUCUUCUCUCUCUCUCUCUCUCUCUCUCGAAAAUGUCUCGCGAUCGACGGGAAGGUCUGGAGAUCAAGGUGGUGGAUCCUCCUCCGCCGCCGCCGCCGCCGUCGUCGUCGACAAACAACCUCUCCGCCGCGCAAUCCUCCCCUGGGACUCGCGGGCGGAGGCAGCGCGCUUCCUUCGCUGAGUUUCGCCCCUUCAAGCUCUGGUUCCCGUGGCUGGUCCCAGCGAUCGUGGUGGCCAACAUCGCCCUCUUCGGCGUCUCGAUGUUCAUCAACGACUGCCCCGAGAACUCGCCCAAGUGCUCGGCGAGGUUUCUCGGGAGAUUCGCGUUUCAGCCUAUGAGGGAGAACCCUCUUCUGGGUCCCUCUUCCGCCACGUUGGAGAAGAUGGGGGCUUUAGAUGUGACGAUGGUGGUGGAUAAGCACCAAGUUUGGCGCUUGUUCACUUGCAUUUGGCUUCACGCUGGUGUUUUCCAUGUCCUUGCCAACAUGUUGAGCCUUAUCUUCAUCGGCAUUCGCCUCGAGCAAGAGUUUGGAUUCCUACGGAUUGGAUUGCUCUAUAUGAUAUCUGGAUUUGGUGGGAGUUUGUUAUCAUCUCUCUUUAACCGGGAAGGUAUAUCCGUUGGUGCCUCUGGUGCAUUGUUCGGCUUGCUCGGCGCUAUGCUCUCGGAGCUUCUCACUAACUGGACUAUUUACGCUAAUAAGUUUGCAGCUCUUUUGACACUCAUCUUCAUCAUAGCCAUUAAUCUAGCAGUAGGUAUUCUUCCACACGUAGACAACUUUGCCCAUCUCGGAGGAUUCACUUCCGGGUUUCUUCUGGGCUUUGUUUUCUUGAUCCGUCCUCAGUAUGGGUACUUCAACCAGAGGAAUAACCCUCGUGGCUACGCUGCUCCUUCUGCUAAAUCCAAACACAAGCCGUACCAAUACGUUCUCUGGAUCACUUCUCUACUUCUUUUGAUUGCAGGAUAUACCGUUGGGCUCAUUGUACUUCUUCGAGGGACGGAUUUGAACAAGCACUGUACAUGGUGCCAUUAUCUCAGUUGUAUGCCUACGUCUCUAUGGAACUGUAAAUCUCAAAAUAUGUACUGUCAGUCGAGCCAGAUAGGGAAGCAGAUGAACUUGACGUGUAUAGCUAACGGGAGAACGGAGAUGUAUACGCUUGGUAGCGAGAACCAGUCUCAGAUUCAGCAAAUGUGUUCCCAGUUAUGCAGCUGAUACACCCAAACCACUAAACAUCUAGUAAUUGCUUUGUAGAGAGUAGGGAAUUAUCUUGGAAAGGGACAGAAGGGCGGUUCACUUAAUUUGAUUAUUCUUGUUGAUCAUAUUAUUGUCUGGUUCUACUUUUCUUUUUUCUUCGUUGCAUAUGUAAAGACCAUUUUCAGAUUAUUUGAAUUAGUAACAAUGAAGCUGAGGGUAAAAGACAACUCUCUUCGCGGUGCAA